CAACCCCACUAAGCUCUUCCUGAGCCAUCUGCAUGAUGAGCAGCGGACGCAGAGGUUCUGUUUGCAGGAGCCUCUUUGGCCCGGCUGACCACGACCAGCUGCGCCAGGACUUGGAGCUGAAGCUGCAGGAGAUCACAGAGCAGGACAGCCAGCRCUGGAACUUCAGCUUCCAGUCUGACACGCCGCUGAGUGGCAGGUUUGAGUGGGAAGUAAUAUCGACAGAGUGGGGAGCUGCCUGCACUCUUCAGCUGUGCUCAAAGACCCAGCGUGAGGAAAUGUGUGACAAACAGGAGUGCCUGACUGGCACCGACCAGGAGAACUGCUCCAGCAUCUCUAACGCCCCAAGGAGUCCUGCUGAGGGGAGCCCCAUCCAGAUGAAGAGGUCCAAAUAUGAAGCAGAGCCCAGAACCAACACACAAAUUACAGAUUUUUUCACUAAGAAAAGGAGGUCGACAGAAACCAGAAGUACUACCAAGUCUUCUCACAGCAGAUCCAGUGAAGCAGCUCAGUGCAGAACAUUGGGAUGAACUGAAAACUGACUUUGUUUCUCAAAUACUCCAGGCUGUUUUUGUACCAUCACCUUCAAGCCUGGAGGCAAAGGUCUUUGUGCGCCCUCUUUCACAUGUCUGUUACCAAAAUAUCUCAUGAACCUCAGGACAACGUUUAUUGAAAGUUGCAGUAAGUAACAAUUAGAGGUACUUUUGCAACCAUAUUGAAGUCAACUUGAUUUAAAAAUGGCUGCCACAGCCAUCUUAGCUUAAAAAAACAAAAAACAAAAAAUAGAUAUGAAUCUGCCAGUUUUACAAAUAUUGACCUAAAGUUUGAUGUGGUAGUAGCUGAGGUGGAUUUUCAACACACAUUUUGAGCACUGGCAGUUUGCCAAAAUUUAAGACCGAGAUCCUGAUCAAAGUCAACUUUCUGCAUCUGUCAGCAAUAAAUAAUAAUAAUAAUAAUAAUAAUAAUAAUAAUGGUAAUAAAUUCAUAUACUGGGCAGCUUUUUAAACUUUCAGGAAGUGAUCAGUGGAUGUACCUCUGCAAAGUGAUGGACUCAAUGGAUACCAGAGCAAAAUGAAUUUAUGUAAGACAGAAUUCUUAUAUAGUACAGCAAUCUUUGAAAUUGGKUGGUUUUGCUGCAGCUCAUUUACAACAGAUACUCCAAGUGUUACCAUCUGUAAAAAGUGUUUGUUUAAAACUUUUGCAUUGACUGAUGGAGUCAGUGAUUGGAAUUAGCAAAUGUGGCUACAACUUGGUGCAUUUUAGAAAUAAUCAUUUUCAGUUUAAUUUGGUAGUUGCUGAGAGUUAUUCUCAAUGCAUACGCUGAGUGUGACAUUUCACGUUUUCACAUGGAACUGUGUUUUAAUGGUCUUUUCAAGGAUUGACUAAAACGGCUACGACUUAAUCAAAAAAAUCUGACAUAAAUGUGGUGGGUGGUAUGCAUUCCUUCUAGCAACUCGACUUUUUUUUUUGUUUUAUUUAUUAUUUUUUUAACUUUCUAUGAUUUUCUUGAUGUUUGUGUUUAAGAUAAAUUUUACCUAAUGUUUAAGAUUUUUUUAUUCUAUUUAUUAAUUUAAUAUUUGGCUUGACUUUUUCCAUGUAGUUGUUCAGUUUCUGCAAACGCACUCAGCUGCAUUUGUUAAUCUGUUGUUGUCAUCUUUAAAUUAAAUGAAAAGCUUGUAAAUUUCCCUGGUUAUUGGAAUUUUAAUAAAGCAUGUAAUCACAGCAGA